AUGUCGACCUCUCCUCCCAACGCACUGCACAUCCCUUCAUCUUCUCACCGACGUCGUCCCUCGCUGCAGAUGCCCUCCCCCCGCGCCAUACCCGUUGUGUCCCCUCGAGCAGCCCCCAUCCCCAUAUCGUCUCCUCGUGCUGUCCCUCUCCCCGUUCCUCAGCGUCAUGGCAGCAUCAGCAUUGGAUCCUACAACUCUAUCUCUGAUUUUGCUUCCCUCGCCUCUCCACGACUCCGAGCUGGGAACCGCGGAUCUGGAUCGUUUGGCGGCUCGGUAUCACUCGGAAACUCGUUCGUCUUGGGUCCCGCUAUCACCGAUGACUCGGACAGCUGGCUGGACACACUGGCCACUGAUGUUACCAGAGAGCCUGUCCCUGUGGUAUCUGGUGAUACUGGUCUUGAGCAGGCCACUGAAACACUUAUCAACGUCGCAUCCUCGUGCCUGCUCGUCCAGCGUGGCAAUGGCUACGGUCUGUUUGAUUUUGCAGACUUAAACACGGUCCUCCUCCUUGUCCUCAUUGCUGCCUCUCAAAACUCGCCCGAUGCUUUGGAUGACCGUGCACGCGAAGUCGUUACGUGUCUCAAGAAGGGCAUUCGCCUCGGCGUCGGAAUGGUCUGCGACAUUUCACAAAAGAAUCCUUGCACCCCAUUCCCGCCAGACACCACUCUGCGUCGUCUCCUGCCCUUGUUCGCUUCUGGUGUUCACCGAGUGGUUAUCACGUCUGACCCACCCCGCGUUCUCGAAGCCUCAGCCUUGUUGGCCUACUUGACUCGCAAGCCCCCUCCUCUCUUCCGCCUUUGCUUCUCAGAGGUCGAUUUGCCGCUUCAUCCACUGGUUUCUCUGCCUUCAAGUGCCUCGAUUCUGGAUGCCAUGCAGGUCAUGAGCCUCAACGGAUUGAGCGCAUUGGGGGUUGUGACCGGAAACCCCGAGGGCGAGCUGAGCUCCCUGAUAGGCGUCGUCACUGUGGCCGACUGCUCCAAGCUAGUUGUGCCCAGUGAGGGCAAGCAAGUGUUGGGCAUGGGAUUAGGCGACAUGUGCAAGAAUGUCCUAGUUGAUCACCAUGGUAGGGAGCGUGGCGAGGAACGUGUGCCAGUUCACACCAUCACUCCGACGACUACACUUCUUUACGCCGCCAACCUCAUUCUGGCCACUUCAUCGUCUCGAGUCUUUAUGCGCACACCGCCUGCCGCCUCCCCACCAUUGUCCCCCGCCUCUUCGUUUGACCAGCUGUCCCCACCGUCUUCCCCCGCACUGUCGCCCAUCUCCAUUGGACUUCCAACUCCGACACCUACUCAGCUGUCAUCGUCAUGCGUCAUCUCCAUUCUCGAUCUCUUGUCCUGCCUGGCUCGAACCUACCAGAGCAAGCUUGUGCCAUUCGAGCCGACAAGUGAUACAGAAUCGUGGGAUAUGAUCCCUGACAAUAUGGGCAAGAGACGCCGUCGGGCAAGCAGCUCCGCUGCAGCCUCGUCUGGCGCCUUUCAGUCGUGGCGCUGGGCCGAUGACCCGUCUCCGUUCUAG